AUGGUUUUUCUCCAAGGGGUCCCGUUUGUCGAGAGACGUUUGGUGAAGUCAGCUCUGGAGUCAUUCUAUGGCCUAGGGGGCCAAUCUUCCAGUCGCAUUAUGGCCAAAUAUUACAUUCAACCCAUGGCGACUAUUGGUUCUUUGACAACGAAAACAGUCUUAUCUCUGUCGGCUGAGCUUUCUACUAUGCCUCUAGAUGAGCAAUUAAAACGAAGACUUCAGGAUAAUCUCUUAAGAUUGAGGACGAUGGGUACUUAUCGGGGAAGGAGGCAUGCUAUGGGUCUGCCAGUAAGAGGUCAGAACACAAGAAGUCAGAUAUCAUCGGCUAGAGCUCUCAACAAAGUGAACAGGAGAGGUUGA